UUCGCGGGUACUUAGCUAGGCUGGGGAAACCCGCGGAAGCGUUCGCCGGAACUAUGGGCAUCCCACCUUUGGCCUCUGGUGUCUGUGCUGGUGGCAGGAGUGCUGGGUGGCUCUGGAUGGGCUCCUGCACCCUAGGUUCGCCUGUCCUGCCUAUUUCCUUUCUCUUUUGGUUGUUAUUGGCCACACCUGGCGCUUGGGCCGCGGGCUACGAGACAUGUCCCACAGUGAAGCCAGGCAUGCUCAACGUGCACCUGUUGCCUCAUACACAUGAUGAUGUAGGCUGGCUGAAGACAGUGGACCAGUACUAUUAUGGCAUCCUAAAUGAUAUUCAGCAUGCGUCUGUUCAGUACAUCCUAGACUCGGUCAUCUCCUCUCUACUGGAGGAUCCCACCCGACGCUUCAUCUAUGUGGAAAUGGCUUUCUUUUCCCGUUGGUGGAAGCAGCAGACAAAUGCAACACAGGAUAUCGUACGGAAACUGGUGCGCCAGGGGCGUCUGGAGUUUGUCAAUGGUGGCUGGGUGAUGAAUGAUGAGGGAGCCACCCACUAUGGUGCUAUUGUGGACCAGAUGACACUUGGCCUACGCUUCCUGCAAGACACGUUCGGUAGCAAUGGCCGUCCACGUGUAGCCUGGCAUAUUGACCCUUUCGGCCACUCUCGAGAACAGGCCUCUCUGUUUGCCCAGAUGGGCUUUGAUGGCUUCUUCCUUGGGCGCAUUGACUAUCAAGAUAAAUUUUUUCGGAAGAAGGAACUGAAGAUGGAGGAGGUGUGGAGGGCCAGUGCCAGCUUGAAGCCCCCAAUUGCUGACCUCUUUACUGGUGUGCUCCCCAAUAAUUAUGACCCACCAAAGAACCUGUGCUGGGAUGUGCUAUGUGCAGACCAUCCCAUAGUGGAGGAUGCUGAAAGUCCUGAGUACAAUGCAGAAGCUUUGGUCAGUUACUUCCUGAAGCUGGUCUCUUUACAGCAACAGUAUUACCGAACCAACCACACUGUGAUGACCAUGGGUUCAGACUUCCAAUAUGAGAAUGCCAACAUGUGGUUCAAGAACAUGGACAAGCUUAUCCGCCUGGUCAAUGAGCAGCAGGCAGAGGGGAGCAAGGUCCAUGUUCUCUACUCCACCCCUACGUGUUACCUCUGGGAGCUGAACAAGGCCAAUCUAACCUGGUCUGUGAAGGAGGAUGACUUCUUUCCUUAUGCUGACGGCCCCCACAUGUUCUGGACGGGCUAUUUUUCUAGCAGACCGGCUCUCAAACGCUAUGAGCGCCUCAGCUACAACUUCCUGCAGGUGUGCAACCAGCUGGAGGCACUGGCCGGUCCUGCAGCCAACGUGGGACCCUAUGGCACAGGAGACAGUGCACCCCUUAAGGAGGCAGUGGCAGUGCUCCAGCACCACGAUGCGGUCACUGGUACUGCACGGCAGGGCGUUGUAAAUGACUAUGCACGGCAGCUGGCAGCAGGCUGGAGACCCUGUGAGGUUUUGGUGAGCAACGCUCUGGCGCAGCUCAGCUUCUACAAACAGAACUUCUCCUUCUGCCACGAGCUCAACAUCAGCAUCUGCCCAGUCAGCCAGAACUCAGAGCAAUUCCAGGUAACUGUUUACAACCCCCUGGGCCGGAAGGUGCAUCAGAUGGUCCGACUGCCAGUCAGUGAAGGCAUCUUCUUUGUGGAGGACCCUAAUGGAAAGACUGUGCCCAGUAAUGUGGUGAUACUUCCCAGCUCCUACAGUAAGAAGUACCGAUGGGAGCUGGUGUUCUCAGCCUCAGUGCCUGCCCUGGGCUUCAGCAUCUACUCUGUGGUCAAGGUGACUGUCCAUAACUCCCAGGCCCAGAGCCUUCCGGCUAGCCCCAGGAAACCCAGGUCCUAUGUCUUGGCCAUUGAAAAUGAGUACAUCCGGGCUACAUUUGACUCUGAAACAGGGUUAUUGAUGAAGAUUGAAAACAUGGAACAGAACAUCUCACUCCCUGUGAGCCAAGGCUUCUUUUGGUAUAAUGCCAGCACUGGGGACGAGAAGAGCACUCAGGCCUCUGGUGCCUACAUCUUCAGACCCAGCCAUCUUGAACCACUGCCUGUAAGCCGCUGGGCUCGAAUCCAUCUGGUGAAGACAGCCUUGGUGCAGGAGGUACACCAGAAUUUUUCAGCCUGGUGUUCUCAAGUGGUUCGCCUGUACCCAGGACAACGUCACUUGGAGCUGGAGUGGACGGUGGGACCAAUCCCAGUGAGAGAUAACUUGGGGAAGGAGGUCAUCAGCCGCUUUAAGACCCCGAUGAAAACGAAUGGAGAGUUCUACACGGACAGCAACGGCAGGGAGAUCCUGAAGAGGAGACGUGAUCAUCGACCCACUUGGAGAUUAAAUCAGACUGAACCGGUGGCUGGAAAUUACUACCCUGUCAACACUCGUAUCUACAUCUCGGAUGGGCACAUGCAGCUGACCGUGGUGACCGACCGUUCCCAGGGGGGCAGCAGUGUGAAGGAUGGCUCCCUGGAGCUCAUGGUGCACAGAAGACUAUUGGCAGAUGAUGAGCGCGGACUGGCUGAGCCCCUCCUGGACUCAGGGACUGGGAAAAUUGUGAGAGGGCGCCACCUUGUGCUUUUGAGUUCUGUUAGUGAUGCAGCUGAAAGGCACCGCCUGCUGGUGGAGAAGGAGGUCCUGGCCCCUCAGCUGGUGCUGGCUCAGGGUGUUGGCAGUCCCUAUUACUCCUGGGCAGCACCAAGGAUGCAGUUCUCUGGGCUCCACAGGGACCUACCUCCCCAGGUACAUCUGCUUACACUGGCCCGCUGGGGACCAAAGAUGUUGCUGCUGCGCUUGGAGCACCAGUUCGCUGUGACAGAAGAUUCAGGCGGCAACCUGAGCUCCCCUGUAACCUUGAACUUGCAGAACCUGUUCCAGGCCUUCACUAUCACUGACCUGCAGGAGACCACAUUGGCAGCCAACCAGCCCCUGUCCAAGGCUUCCAGGCUGAAGUGGAAAACAAACACUGGUCCCAUCUCCUACCCUGCUCCCUCCAAGUUGGACCCUACCUCAGUCACACUGCAGCCUAUGGAAAUACGUACCUUCGUGGCCAGGGUUCAAUGGCUAGAACUCAGCUAGGCCUGCCUGGAGGAGGGGCUGACCUCUCCCCUUCUCUUGCUGUAACCACUCACAGACGUCAUUAAAAGGCUUCUACUACGA